CCAACAACGACGAAGACAAACUUAAUUGCAGUCGUCUUUGCGUUGGAGCUUCUGUUUAUUUAUUUAUUGUUGUUGUAAUUGGUUGAUGUUCGUUCGUUUCGUUGUUGGUUGGUCGCUCGUUUAGUGGUGGUGGCUCAUCAGUUACGCGGCACGGUGAAGAAAUUUAGUUGCGCGCUGAACGCGAACGAAAACGAUCGACGGUUAAACGGACGCGGAUUCAAUUAGGAAAAACAAAAAAAUAACACACAAAAAAGAAAGCAAAACUAAACGAAACGAAGUGAAUAAAAAAAGAAAAUAUAAAAAUUAUAAAACAAAACAGUUAUAGAUGCAACAAGCGCAAGCGUUGAUUAGCGCAAAUGGACUUUUAAUGUCUACGCAUACAAUGAACGCAGAAGUGGCAGACAGGCACUGAUAUCACGAGUACGCCGCUUUUUUCAGAUGUCAAUAGCCGACAGGCGCCAGCUUGACAUUUUCCAAGCGAAUAAGUGAAAGAGUAUAGUAAAAGUAAAAGUGAAAAAGUGUUGCGCCUGCACACCAAGGAACUGCAACUGAAAGCAAGUAAUAAUGUGCAAAUAAUCGCCCCUUACGCUUGAACUCCUGUCGUGCGAUUUUCUAUAACUUGAACUGUAAGACCCUUAUCCGUAAACCCUACUUAAAGAACAAGAUAUGGAUAAACCACAUACCGAUACGGCAAUACCCCCAAAACCUGGCUCGCCUACCGCUUCCCAUGCUUCAUCCGUCGCUUCAAUUGGCAGCGGUCACAAGACGCAUGGUGUGCAGAAGUUCUGUUCAAAAAUCCGCCAUAAAAUCGAAGAUAAUAUAGCGCCGCGUCUGACAGGUAAACUCUACAAAUCGCAGAAGCAUUCCAUAUCGAUGAGCUCGCUCAGUAUUGGGGACUCAACUAGCGGCAAGUAUACGAACAUCAGUAAACAGUCGACUUUGCCUUCCCUUCCUCCAAGGACGGAACAACAGCAAACAGGUACCACUUCUGCACACCGACGUCUCACCGGCAUGUUGAAGCAUCAACGCCAACGCAUCACAAAAUCAACGAAGACGCUCAGUAAGCGUGAAAUUUCAGCGCCCAUCGGUGAGGUUACGACUAAUUCGGGCAUAAUUUGUCCAGCACUACUUGAAAAGGGUGGUUUGGUGGACGGUGGUCACGCGCAGGACCUUAGAACGCUUGCUGGUUCACCCACUGAUAGUGCUGGCUAUGUGGAUAGCGAUGAAGAAUAUCAGCAGUUAAGCUUGAAUUUGACGAAACAAUCGUUGGAAGAUGAAAUCUUCGAGGAGCUCGAGAAGGCCGCACACGAUGAAACGAAAUUAAAUGCGGUUUUAAAGAACUUUGAUCGUCUAAUAAUCGACUACAAUGAGAAUCCAACUGUAAGCGCAGUGCCAGAGACAGGGCCACGUGUGGAAUGCGAUGUAGCGGUGGUGGAGGCGGCAGCCGCAGCGCAACUAGAGCUUUUGGCACUAGAGCCGCCAGUUGCUUUCGCCGAUAAUGGGGCCGAGAAGCGGAGUGAAGCGAAUGUAUUAGUGGACAAGGUGGGUCUGCUUGAGCCCGUUGCUGAAAAGAAAGAAGUUGAGCCAAAUGUAAAACUUGAUGAAACAUUCGCUGAUUCUAUUGAAACUAAGGUAGACGCAGUUGAAGUGUCGACUAUGCUGGAAACUACUAAACAGUCUGAGGUGAACAAAAGCCCACUCUUAAUGCAAUAUUCAACCACAAGGCAGGAGUCCAAAGAUUUAUAUCCUGCUAAAGAUAUGAAGGAUGCCACAGCUGAGAGCAGUGGCGCAGCUACGAACAGCGCAGCUACGAACAGCGCCGACAACUCAUUAAGAACGACAUCCAUCAAUGGAAACAGCGUUUGCAGCACCACUGUCGCUGCGCAAGUUACUGAGGAUCCCAUAACACCACCACAACCGCCUGUGCGUCCCACGCGCUUGGAAAAAUCCAAGUCAUCCCUGGCUCUGCCCAGACGCAAUGUCUAUCAGUCUCCAGACACUCCGACGCUACGCAAUAUACGUUAUGCGUUAGCUACGCGUGUACGCUCCAAAUCCGUGUGGGAGUUAACACCCACCACGGCAGCGGCUGCGACCAAUAGCAAAAUUCCGGUUUUUAUAGCAUUACCGUUACAAAAACGUAGUAAAAGCUUCUGCAGCGCUUCCUUAACGGAAAUGAUUGGCAAGCAGAAGCUGGUUGAUAACAAGAAUUUAACAGCUGUGAAGCAUGUUGUGACUCAAAAAAGUAAAGAUUCCACAGUUACGUCAACCAACCAAAGACGUCAACUGACUAAGGACGCCCGUUCUGCAUCCGCGCUUUCGUUGUCAAGUAAAUCACGUUCGCGCUCGCUUUCUACAAAUCGUACACAGCAGCCGUUGCAGUCAACACCACAAUUGCCAACGCAAAACCAACCGAUAUCUGGUCAACGUACCAAGCGCAAGUCAUUGUCUGGAGAAAAGUUGACGCGCAGCAAUUCACGCCUACAAAUGGAGAGAACCAAAUCUUCAAUUGGCUUUAACUCCAGCGCAUUUGGCACAAACGCGAGUCCAAGGCGUACACCCUCCAGCAGCAGCUUGAACAGCAGUCAGAGCAGUGGAAGUGUGUCGCGUGUCGCCAACGGUAGCACAACGGCGGCACGCAAGAUGCAGCGUAGUCGCGAUGAGCUAUUGGACAAGUGCCUGGAGAAGGGUCAUGAAAUUUUACGCAAAGUGGAAUCGAUAAACACGAAAGUUAGCGUGCGUAAGACACCAAUUGCGACGACACUCAAGUCGAAUGCCGGCAAAGCAACGGCUGCGAAGGCGCCGACAACCGGGCAAACCAAACGUGCUGCUACAACGUCGGCGACAGCCGCGUUGGCUAGCGCACGUACGAAAGUGAAAACAGCUGCCAGCGGCAGUGCAGCGUUGACAGGUAAAAUUACGAAAGAUGCGUGUGAUGGCACUUUGCGCCGCACAACUACCAACAACACCGCUACCGCUCCUCCAGCGGUGACUUCCACGAAACAGUUGAAAUAUGCGAAUGAGGAGAAAGUGCCGCAACCGCAGCUGGAGUUCUGCAAAAUAAUACCACCCGUAUUGGGUGAGACAUCCGAUAAGCACACCGAAUUAUUGGUUAAUGUGGUGCAGGCAAAGUUGAAUGCGCCUACUGCCACACAACAGCUGUCGAAACAACAGCAGACAGUGGCUAGUAAUACGCGAGAACAGCAAGCGUUUGAAAUAGCAGACGCCUACAAACCAACGUUGCCUUCAAGUGCGCCCAUCGAAAAGCUAAUCAGCGCAGAUACAUCGCAACACAACAACGAAUCAGACUCCGAUGACUCAGGACACAUUUCGAAUGAGAAUGAUACAACCAUUCACACCUUAUCCACCUCCACCACCUCCAGCGUGAGCCUCUGUGAAUCCGAUAUUAUUGAGGAGGAGCGUUCCACAUUCCAGGCAGUGUCGCCUGACAACAAUGCAUACAACUCCGAUGCAACUCCGACCGCUAUGCAAACGAAAACUACCAAAGUUUCGGAGCUCCUUCAGAAGUUCGAACAGCAAUCACAAGCUUCUGCGCAUAUGACUUUCGGCAAGCCAGUCGUACGUGCGACUAACAGCAACCCUAGUAAGGUGUGCACUGCUACACGCGUCGCUCAACUCGAGGCCGUACAAUGCAUACAAACUCAAGUGGAGUUUUAUCCGACCUACAGCAAAGAGGUAACUAUCCGCCUGCUUUAGUGCAGCAAUUGAAUUCUGUGAAGCAAAUUCCUGCAAUGAAGCGCAGCAAACGAACGAAAUUUUGUAAUAACCGAAUAUUCCAACCAACAAUCAAACACCCGCCACAUCCUUUAACCCAACAGUAGUUAAGCUCUACUCUUCUGGUAAAAUUGGUGCAUUUAAAUAUUAAAUAUAAGUAUAUUUUUAUAUUUUUCUAUAUCGUUUUUGGUUUUGGCUAAGUAAUGGUCCGAAUCCUGUAGUUUUUGCAUUCUUAUUACUCUUAACUUUCUUACAUAAAUUUUUUUUGCUAAAGCAUUUGU